UUUAUUAUUUACACUGGUUUCCUAUUUACAGGACUUGAGAUUCUUGCAUUUCCCUGCAACCAAUUUGGAAGCCAGGAGCCAGGAACCAACGAAGAGAUUGUGCAGUUUGCUUGCACUCGUUUCAAGGCUGAGUACCCUAUUUUUGACAAGGUGGACGUGAAUGGAAACGAUGCCGCUCCUCUGUACAAGUUCUUGAAGUCGAGCAAAGGCGGGCUCUUCGGAGAUGCUGUUAAGUGGAACUUCUCCAAGUUCUUGGUGGACAAAGAUGGGCACGUAGUUGAUCGUUACGCCCCAACAACUUCCCCCCUCAGCAUUGAGGUAAAUCCAAUAGUUCUUCGUAAAUCGAACUUUAUACACACACACAUAUAU